AUGGCAUAUUCUGCAUACGACAUGGGCAGACAGAUUUCUCGUCGGGGGUCCAUGUCUUACGCACCAACCCCUUACCCCUACAGCGACCCAGGUGUUUAUGGUGCUGGUGACAAUAUGAUGAUGGCUGAGUAUGGGCAGCCGUCGUAUCCUAUGUAUGGACAACCGACUCCUGGUAUGCCUAUGCAGGCCUACGACGAUGUGGGCUACCGCGAUGGCUACUAUGCAGACGACAGGGCGAUGUCGACGGUACCACCCGGCUCUAUGGCACCGAUGAUGCACCCGAGCAUGAGUCGUCGAAGUCGGCGUUAUUCAUCCGUUUCCUUCGCCGCGAGGCCACAGAUCGAGAACUACCGCCCACCUAGCUCCCUACACGUUAAGUUCAAGCGAAAGGGAGCAUUCACGGCUGGGAUCAAUUUGUCUGAGGCACAAUCCCACCAACGGCUCUCCAACAACGACGCAUAUUCAUACUACGACUUCCAUCCCGACCACCGCGGGAGAAUUUUACUGAAGAUCAAGUGGGCUGGUUAUAGUUCCAUGACAUACGAGAUCCCAUUGGACAAGUAUGACGGACGCGUAAGCCUGUCGACGCUGGCACGUCGAGUAUCACGGGCAUGUGUUCACUACCUCCAGGCAAACAUUAUACCGGUAUCCUGGGACCGCGUACAACUCCACCACCUAGAAGAGAUUGCUUACGGAACGUGGCAACCCAUGCUUUCAACGCACUAG